AUGAACAUUCGCAACGCGAUCCUGACGCAGAAAGCGAUCUCUCACAGCCGAGAAGCCGAAGAAGUUUUGAACGCCUGGGAAGCAUCCCGGUACCGGAGCCCGAUCAGCAUCUUGGAAGGAAAUUUCAUUGAUCAAUUCGAGAACAAUCACUAUUUUGCUACCUUCCGCGGUCGAAUCAACGCCAGGGAUAUCAACGGUCUGCCCUUGGUUCUUGUAUUUACAGAGGCGGAGCACACUCAGUCACCUAUGGCUGAUCUUUGGGAGUACGUCCGUUCUUUCGACGCCAGAACUGGAAAGCGCAAGCAGGAAAAUACGGAGGACUCUCAGUCAGCUACGAAUACCCAAAGACGCAUCGAUGAUAACAGAGCUAGCUAUGAAGAAUCCGAGCUUUAA